AUGGAUAUUCCCUCUCUGGUUGUUGGAUUAGGGUGGGAGUCGUUGACCGAGGAUCAACGCUUUCUCCAUUGUCCUGAAGCAGUAAGGCUAUUCUACGUGAACAUUCGUCGUGAUCAUGGACCUGAGCCACAAUCCUUCACAACCAUGGUUUACGACCAUGAAAUCAUUGUCACUCCUGCCUUACUUGCAUCGGUCCUCUCUCUUCCCCACUCAGGGAUUCAUGCCAGUUACGAGAGUGACUUUGUUGAACAUGGGUUCGACUUCUGUGCUGCUCUUGAUCGCCUGACCCGCGAUAUUGGCAAGGCCUUCCCCAAUCGACUCUCAGCUGGUCGACUUCCUGACGAUCUAAAGGUUCUUUAUUUUUUUAUCACCCGAUGCUUCCUUCCCAGAGACAUUGAUAGUGCUGGUCUUCUCCACUCCGACGAUCUCUGGAUUCUGAGUAAUUCUUGUGCGCAUCAACCCAUCAGUUAUGCAUCCUUGAUGUUCGCUCAUAUACUCAAAUUUGGUGGCGGAGGUUAUAGUGGUGCUCUACCCUUUGGACCCCUAAUCACUCGCUACUUUCAUCGCCUUGGCAUAGAUCUCCGGGAUAAGGUGGUUGUUUGCAACGUCCAUGAUGACUUGCGUCCCAAUCAUGUCCUUGUCCGCCUUGAUGCUGAUGUGGGCCGUCGUAAGUUCGUCUCUGGCUCAAGUUGCAGUCUCAGCCAUAGAUGGGGAAGUCAAGCGUCGAAAGCAAACUGCCAGUGGAAAGCCGACAAACCUGCUGGUUUGCAAAGAGCGACUAGAGCUAAUGGAUUUUGA